AUGUCCGCAGCAGCAUCUUCGAAUGCGUCAGGCUCUGGAGCGUCUUCGCAUUCUUCCACGCCUGGCCCAAAUAUGCCAGGGCAAGAGCCAUCUAACUCGCGCCACCCACCAACCCAGAAAAGGCGGCGAUCACAGUCCUUCGACACGGACGAUUUGGACUCUGAUUCCACAGGAGAAGACACUCUUGGUCCUCAGCUCGCGCCACCAAUAGGCGAUGAAGGGACGAGUGACGACGAUGAAGAUGUUGGACCACCGCCACCUCCUACUGCAGAAUCAGCCUCUGCUUCUCUCGAUGGUCCCAGAACCAAAAGGGUCAACGAUCCCGGCCCAGACACCUUGCAACCGGCACAGAAGAAGAGAAGGGCAACCACUCUUGCACACCAGGCAACGUAUCUCGCGGCGUUGCCGUCCUCUGAUCGCUACUUCAAGUCGCUGAUGCAUCGGGACACGGUCAACUCGGUCACUGUUACUCCGCGCUCCAACUUUGUCAUCACCACCAGCGUCGACGGAUGGGUCAAGUUCUGGAAAAAGUCCUCGCUUGCCCCUUCGGCUACUGCGGCUUCAAUGUCAUCUAGACCCAGCAACGGCGUUCCGUCAGCGUCUACGCUCUUCAGCGGAUCCUCUGUGGUGGAAUUCGUCAAGCAAUACCGUGCCCAUCUUGCUCCCAUCAUCGCCUGGAGCUGCUCGGCCGAUGGUGCAUCCUACGCAACACUCGACGCUGAGGCCAACGUCAAGAUAUUUGAUGUGGACAACUUCGAUAUGAUCAACAUGAUCAAAUUGCCUUACAAGGCACGUACCUUGGCGUGGGUUCAUCGUCCGGGCAAUGCGCGUACACUGCUCGCGAUAACAGACGAAAGCUCGAGCCAGAUUCGCAUCUACGAUGGCAGAAGCGCUCCGUCUCAGGCUAACAAUAACGGCGCGGACGACUCGAAGCAGGACGACUCCGCCUCUUCAAUGACGCCCUUCGGCUCUACCAGCACAACUCAUCAACCGAUCCUUACAGUGUCCAAGGUGCACCGUGCUCCCGUCCACAUCCUUGCCUUCAACGCGCAUCACAACGUUGUUGUUUCGUGCGACGUCACUGGCUUUGUCGAGUAUUGGACUCCGGAGGAGCCUUUCUCGAUCCCUUCGUCAAACAGAAUCGCUGGCAUUUUCGAGUUCAAGUCGGCAACGGAUCUGUUCGAGUUCAAGAAGACCAAAACGGUUCCGACAACCCUCACGUUCUCGAGAGAUGGCGAGAAAUUUGCCGUAUUUUCCAUCUUGGAUCGUCAAAUUCGUAUCUUCGACUUCCGCUCGGCAAAGGUCGUUCGACGGUAUGACGAGAGCCUCGAAGCUGUCCAAGCUCUUCAAGCUUUGCCGCCGCCAGAGGAUGCUCCUGGCACGCCGCUCGGUGAGCAGGAGGCAACAAGCAUGACCGUCGAUGCCUCGCAGCCUCGAGUCAAUUUCAAGGUGGAUCAGAUGGACUUCGGACGCAGGAUCGCAUUGGAGCGAGAGAUCUCGGCGUCGAGCGCCUCAGGCCCGCUCUCAGGACUCGCUAACGCCUCUUCUGCUGCGCUGUGGAAUGUGUUGUUCGACGAUUCGGGACAUUUCAUCAUCUAUGCAUCCCUCCAAGGGAUCAAAUUCGUCAACUUGGUAACCGAUCACUGCGUCCGUCUGCUGGGAAAGGACGAGAGCGUUCGCUUCAUGCAUCUUGCCCUGUUCCAAGGCGCACCGGACAAAAAGGUGAGCUCCCUCGCAGCGGCCGCCUCCGAGAAUCCUCUGCUUGCAAAGCAGGGCUUGGUGGACCCAACCUUGUUCGCCACUGCUCACGGACGCGCGCGGUUCUACAUGUUCACAAGAGUCGACCCGGAUGCGAUGAGUGCACCAUCCACAGACGGAGCAUCGGGUAGCGGUGCCAGCGAGAACCGCGAUGUCUUCAACGAACGUCCGACUCGCGAAGAGCAGACCAUCGCCUCGGCCACAGCCCUGACUGGCAAUGGUCGCGGCCGCUUCAGUGCCGCAACCGGAGACAAGAAUUCGUCAGGAGCCGGAUCGAAACACACUUCGGCUACACUACACACCACCCACGGCGAUAUCCACCUGACGCUCUUCAAUGAGCUUGUGCCCAAGACGUGCAAGAACUUCGUCGGGCUUGCCAAGAAAGGAUACUACGACAACGUCAUCUUUCAUCGCAUCAUCAAAAAGUUUAUGUUGCAGACCGGCGACCCUCUCGGCGACGGAACGGGUGGCGAGAGCUUGUGGGGCGGCAACUUUGAAGAUGAGUUUCACCCGAGCCUCAAUCACUCAAAUCCUUUCACGCUAAGCAUGGCCAAUGCAGGACCAAACACGAACGGAAGCCAGUUCUUCAUCACCACGGUUCCGACGCCGUGGCUGGACCGUAAGCAUACCGUCUUCGGCAAAGUGGAUGGAGGCGUCGAUGUGGUGAAGCGCAUCGAAGAGGUCAAAGUGGAUAGCAACGACAAGCCCCGACAGGAUGUGCGCAUCAUCAACGUCAGCCUUCGCUGA